UAAUUCAAAGGAAAACUUUCAGUUUUAAAUACUGUAACUUUGAGUGCUAUCAGUUUUCCCACAGUACUGGUACUCAGUGGUAUAAAAUAUUUGGCAGCCUGUCUAGGAAGCUGGUGAAGGAGAGGCAUCUCACCUGAGGAUCUGAUACAUUACAUUCACCUCAUUACAUUUGCCUCAUUAGGCAAGUUUAUAUAGUGUCUUCCAGCUGAGGAACAUAAUUCAGUUAACAAAUGUAAAGUAAAUAACAGUUAAAGACUGUUUUAGAGCAAAAAGGAAGCUUUAAUAGAAGUUCCUGCUAUGUGCCUGCUAAUAGUAAUUUAAGGGGUUUUUGUCUAACUAGAAAUAUUCUCAGCAGCACAGUGCUGUGAUACAUUCUUAAUGCCUGCACUUUCAUGUUGUGAGUGUGACUGGCUGAAGUUAGGUGAAGGGUCCAUCUAGCCCUGGGUUCUCUCUCCUGACAGCAGUUGUGAGUCAGUGCCUGCAGAGAGGUGUUAAAACAGGGUACAUAUCUGUCACACAUCCCCUUUUACUUUCUAAGCCUCCACUUGCUGUCACCCUGGAAUUUGGGUCAGGUGUGAGUUUUAGUAACCUUCGCUGGAAAUCUUUUCACAAGCUUAUUCAGUCCCUGAGCCACUGUAAACUGAUUAGUACCCAAAACAUUCUUUCUCAUGGAAUUUCAGGCAUCCAGUCCUUUUGUUUAUGCAGAAUCUGGCUUCUGUGAGGUGAAUUUGCUGCCCACUCAUCUCUUUUGUGGGAAGAGGAAGUGAACAUUUGAUCUUCCAUGUCACUCAUGAUUAUGCAAACUUCUGUCAUAUGCCCCCAUCGUUCUCUUUCAAACAGAAGAAUCCUAGCUUAUUGCAUUUUUCCUUGAGCAAUAGCUUUUCCAUAUUUUUGAUCAUUCUCAAUGUCCUUAACAUUAAAAAUUUUGACUUCUAUCACAUUUCAUUUCACAGGGGAGGGAACAGAGCUGCUGGCAUUACUUGAGAAUUGAAUGUCCUGUAGAUUUGAACAGUGAUGUAAAGUUGCAUCUGUUUUGUUCUCCGUUCCUUUUCUUAGUAAUUCCUAAGAGUUUGGUUUGCUUUAUUGGUCCUUACUAAGCCUUGAGCUGAUGUCUUCAUCAGACUAGCAACCAUCUUUUAAAAUCCUAAGUGACAACAGAAACUUAAUACAAUUGGAGGUUGGAACUUCAUACAAUUGGAGGUUGGGAUUUUUUUCCAUUAUUUGGGUCUAAUAAUAAUAUGUGUUAGUAGUUAAAAGACUAUUAAUAGUCUGCUAACACUGUUUAUUUUUUUCUUGCCUGUCAGACUUGACAGCCUGUAGUUCCCUACAUCUCCCUAGAACUGCUUUUAAAAACUGGCAUUGUUAUUUCCCAGUCCAUGGGUAACCAAGGUAGGCUAGGAAAUAUUACUUCCACCUAGGACUAUUUCAGCUAUUUCUUCAUCACGUUCCUUUGGGACUUGUGGGGUGAGGUCUAUCUGGUGCUGGUUGUUACUCAGUUUAAUUUGUUCCAUAACUUUACAAAUAUUUCAGUACCACAGUGGCAGAGCUCUACAGGUGAAGCCUGUACACACCACAAAAGUGAGAAAGCAUUUUAGUUUUUCCCAAGCUUGCUGCAGACAGUUUUCAGGCUCCAUUCUCUUGCUUAUAGGAAUUUUUCCACAUAUUCUAAACAUCCAUGCAACACGAACAGUUCCUGCUAUAGAGGAAGAGUGAAAUAAGGAAUUGGCAAAAGCCUAAGUAACCCUGAAGAUUCAGAGGAACUGAAGCAAUACUAUCACACCUCUUAGUGGAAGGAAGCUGUCAUAAAGCAUGCAUAGCUUCUUUAGUCAUGUAAACCAAUGGUGCAGCUUGACAGUACCAGUAUUUUAGAAGGGAGCAGUGGUAUAGUUCUCUAAAUAAUUUGCCUUGAAAGUCUUUUUCAACAAAAUGUUAAUUGAACCCAUUUUUUUAAAAUGGUCCAGUUGAAACACAUCAGUGGGAUUGCUGGAAAUAAACCUUCAGGGCAAAAGCUCUCAGCACUUGACCAGAUGAGAGCGAUUUUUUUAUUUAUUCUUUUUUUACUAUUCACAUCAUACAGUACUUCAAAAUUGCUCCAAGCUAUGGACAAAGUGUAAUUUUUAUCAUCAGAAAGCAAAAGUCCCAGUUUGAGUUCAUUGUACAAGCAAUGGAUGCAGCAGUUUUAAAAUCAGUUUUGCUUGUGUUCAUAUCUGUGCAGAACAAUUCCAGUAUGUGCAGAAUUACCUGUUAUUACUCUGUAGGAUGCAUGCUUUGUAGCUCAAGGUAAAUUUGGCUUUAACAGAAUCUGUGGCAGUUCAUUAUGAAGUAAAGUUUUGCUGAAUUAUUUUUAUAAUGCAUGAACAGUUAAGCUUUGAACAGAAAUUUGAUCUUUCUGUCAGCUGCAUCUAUAGACUUUUAGUAUAUUAAAAGUUAACGUGCUUCAGAUUUUUGCAGUCUGUGUUUUUUCUAGUUAAAAGUCACAGGGUUAAAAGACAGGCUCCUGGCUGUCAGUUUUCAGGAAUUGUGUGAAUUCCCAUGUGCCACUGUAGUUAGGCUUUGGGAAGGAGCAGGCGGAGACCAUCGUGUCAGCACUAAUAACCCUGUCAAACGUCAGCUUGGACACCGUCUAUAAGGACAUGGUCACACAGGCUCAGCAGGAAAUAACUUUACAGCAGAUAAUGGCACAUUUGGACUCCAUUCGAAAAGAUAUGGUCAUCCUGGAGAAAAGUGAAUUUGCAAACUUGAGAGCAGAGAAUGAGAAAAUGAAAAUUGAAUUAGAUCAAGUUAAACAGCAGCUAAUGAAUGAAACUGGUAAAAUCCGAGCUGACAGCAAGCUAGACAUAAACCUGGAGAGGAGCAGGGUGACAGAUAUGUUUACAGAUCAGGAGAGGAAACUGAUGGAAGCAACUACAGAGUUUCAUAAAAAAGAUUCAAGUACCAAUAGCGUUAUCUCAGAAAUCAGUAAUAAAAUUGACACUGAAAUAGCUUCCUUAAAAACACUCAUGGAAUCGAAUAAACUUGAUACGAUACGUUAUCUGGCAGCUUCAGUGUUCACUUGCCUGGCAAUAGCACUGGGAUUUUACAGGUUCUGGAAGUAGAUCUGAAUGGAAUGACUGCAUCUAAUACAGACAGAGAAAAGGCCACCCAGGCCAAGAGUAGUUUGAUGAUCAUGUUUGCACUGUAGAUAACCUUGUUUCCUUUUUGUUUUUAUAUUCUUACUGUAUAAGAAAAAUGUUUUCUGAAUAUGUAACACUAAAGAUCAAAAUAAUUGGGGGGAAGUAGCCAAAUAGUAAUUUUGUUGUCUCUUGUUCAGUAGUGUAUUAAUUUUAAAGUAUUUCUUAUUCUAUACCACAAAGUGUUUCCUAAUAUUUUUUAUAAUUAAAUUUGGUUUUCCAACAUUCUCACUCUCAGCUCCUCCUAAAAUGGAAAUAUUAAACAUUUUAUAGGACCUUGAAAUGCGAAUACAAUUCUCAAAUUAGUGUUCCCAGUAUGGGGAUACUAAUACCAGAUAUAUCUACUCUGAUCCAAGUACAUUAAUCUUAAACAUAGGUUCUGGAUUUUUGUCUUCAGUCUGUUCCUCACUUUUCUGAUGGAUUGAAGCCUGGCCCUUUGGGGUUUUUAUCUACAUACAUAAAAACGCACUCCAAGGCCUUUAUUAAAGAACCCCUUUUUCUUGAAAACUAGUUUACAUAAAGUUAAAAUCUUAUGUACAACUAAAAUGUCUCCAUAGAUUUAUUUUCUUUAGUAUCUCUUUCAAUGUCCAUAACCCCAGAAGUCAGCAGAAUGGGGGAACUUCUCUGUCUUUGUCUUUCCAAGGGGAAAUGCCACUACUCUGAGCAACCAUGCACAGCAGAUCUGGGUCAGAUAAGUACUCUUAAUUUCCCCCUUUCAGGUAGUGCAGAGUAUUUCUAAUGAACCCAGACAUAUUUUCUGGGCAUAGUAACAUGGAAAUACUCAGCAUCUCAGUAGUGCCAGUGUGGUGGUGGUGGUGGUGGUCAUCCUCCUCCCAUCUCCACACUCCUUGGGAUUGUUCUGUAACACACUGACUUUCCUAACCCAUCUACCUUCUGCAAGGACUUGAAAACUUUUGUUGCAGAGAUGCAACAUAGCAGGUGGAUGCCUUCAAAACUGAAGCAGUCACAUCUCAAGUACAAAUGCAUACGCUUGGUUUGACUCUUGUAGUAAAAUAAUAAUUUUUAAAGAAGUCCUUCUGGAUUAACUUUGAAAUAAGAAUGGGCCCUUUAUGGGCCAAGGACUAUGUGGUAGUGAGUAGUGGCAAUUUUUUUUAUUGAGGUUUUAUUCUGUUUACAGUUGAACUUGCUGGUAUUCUGCUAAUUCUUAUAUUCUAUGCAUUAAAUUAUUUAUUAUCUUCAUUCAAGAAAAUAAAAUUAAUUUCUUAUAUUUGC